AUGCCGGGUCAGCACGGCGAUCAGGGAGAAGUUCCAGUGAGCGUUUUCCAGCGCAGCGUGGUGAGAUUGUUUCGGCUCAUGAAGAUGGACCGACAGGCCGAUGAUUUCUCGGCGGACGAAUAUGAUGUGGAUGGUUCUGGUGCUGUGGGCUGGUACGAAUUCGUGACGGUUUGGCGGAAGGCGGAUGUCUCCGUCAAAUUGUCACUACCCGAGCGCUUCUUUGUGCUGAUGGAAGAGCCAACUUCAUCCUUUGCUGGGGUUGUUGUGAGCGCGGCGCUGAAUUUCUUGAUUUUUGGCUCCUGCGUUGGCUUCAUGAUCGGCACCAUGCCAGAUAUGAAGACUGCUCCAUGUGAUCGUUGCGAGCCUGAGCAAAUGAGGGAGUUCAAGGUCUUCGAAUCAUUUUGUGUCGGCGUAUUUGCGCUCGAGUACUUGGUUCGAGUGUGCACUGCCCCCUUCACACGAUCUGAACUCUUGCACUACGAAUCUGUCCUGGAGUUUGUCACAGAACACCAGGUGUCCUUCAAUCCUUCUCGCUUGCUGCGAUUUGCAUAUUUUGUCAUUCAGCCAAUGAAUUUGAUUGACCUUUUCGUGAUCGUUCCUUUCUUUGUAGAAGCAGCGCUACAAAGCUCAAGCGCAUCCAACUUCACCGUUCUUCGCGUCCUGCGUUUGACGCGUCUCUUCAGACUGGUAAAGUUAGGCAAGUCCUUCGAGGUCUUGCAAAUCAUUGGGCGAGUCUUCCACAAGUCCAUUGCCAUGUUUUGGGUUUUCGCGGUGAACUUUUCUUUGGCCAUGUGCUUCUCAGCUGCGACGAUCUACUUCGUGGAAGGUGGCGAAUGGGAUCCCGACGAGAUGAAUUGGAUACGAAUUGGUCAUGACGGUGCCAGAUCGCCAUCGCCUUUCCAGAGCAUUCCACACUCCUUCUGGUGGGUCAUCGUGACUUUCACCACAGUUGGAUAUGGCGAUGUGGUGCCCGAAACGUUCCUGGGGAAGAUGAUCGGUGCAAGCAGUAUGAUCGUGGGAAUUAUCGUUUUAGCCCUGCCCAUCAGCGUCAUCUCCACAACCUUUGGGGAUGUAUGGCAUGAAUGGAAGGAGGAGCUUCGUUUAGAUGCCAAGUCCAAGGAAGAAGACAUGAAGAGCGUGGAGCUGGCCCUGCAAGUGAUCCAGAACCGCACCUUUAUGCAUGUGGAGAUCUAUGACCAUUUUGAGCGCUAUCCCGCUGAGUUGCUGGGUCAGACUGAAUGGAAGUCUUUGCCCAUUGAUUCCAAAGAGAAGGUCGAAGUGGCUGAUGCAUCCUACAGCUUGCAUCCGAAUGAAGAGAAGGGGCUUGUGGAAGGUGACUUGGGUCAAGUUGUGGUGGGCUACACCUGGACUCCUGCCAAAUAUGAAGCCGACGACGAUCGAUACGCGGGCACUUUAAAGGUCAGACUACAACGAGCUGAAGGAAUUCUGAAAAGCGAUUGGAGAAAGGAAGGCCGACGAAAUGUCUUUGCCGUGGUGCGAUGUUGGCCGAAGCCUCCCAGAAGUGGAUGGAUGGGCCAAGGCUUUGAUCAGCAGCAUUGCACCAAGAUAGCGAUGGGCACCUUGAGCCCCGUUUGGGAAGAAUCCUUUGAGUUUGACUUCGACUGGCCCCGCGAUUGGAGACCGCAGAAGGUGACAGAGGUAGAAGCGCAAACGCGGAGCCGUGUUGAGAUAUCACACCCAAUAUCUCUGAGGAGAGGCAACUCAGCCACCUCCAACACCUCCAUACGACGGUCCAAGUCACAGGUCCUGCGCAGAGGGAUUUCCCGAUCUGCAGUCCUAGACGAGGAGGAGGAGCCGGACGUGCAAAGCCGGCAGGUCAUGCGACUGAAAGCAGAGGUAUCGUCGAUGACUCGCAGCCUGCGUCGUUUGGAAACUCAGCUGGUCGACUUGCUGGAAGUGCAAGGCACGCCGCAAAAUUUGUCAACCACGCUGAGACCGCAGAUGAUGGAAGCACCAUCCAGUCCAGCCUGUGAGCCACCACCCUUCGGAAGUCUUGGCGUGGACGGUCCUUUGAGCCCACUUAGCGAAACAAGUCCGAUACAAAGCCCCAGUCACAGCCCGGGCUAUGGCGGCUAUGACAGGAGCGUGACCUCCAGACUCUCCGACCGCAGCAACGAAUUCGGCGAGCUCAGCCGGAUGUCAGGGCAAUAUGGAUCCCAGGCAUCCCAGGAAUCGGAGUCUGAGGGGCUCAUGCUGCCUGGAUCUCCUGAUGACCUUCGAUGA